UAUUAUUUAUGAUGAAAUAAAGCUAAAUGUGUUCAGUGAUAACUGGCAGUGCGUUGGUUAUAUUCAUGUGUUCUCCUUACAGAAUGCUUCAAAGAGAGAGUGCAGCUGCUGUUGUUGUUGUUGUCACUGCCUGGUCCAAGUUUACAUUAGGCAAUGAAGGGGAAUAUGAGGUAAAUGAUUGUAGUAAUAAUAAUAAUGAUAAUAACAAAAAGGUCACUUCAAUAUAGUAUACAUUUGACCCGUUCGAAAAGAUCACAACAACAAUCUCUGGAAACAGCAUCAGCAGGACAAGCGGAUGAUGAGGACAACGCAGCCCCUACAGGUAAAUGUUUUGGUACUUUGUUAUCCCUGAAUGAAUUGAUAUGAUCAUUCUCUGAUCAAUGCAUAUGUAUGAUAAAUAUUACAGCACCUUGUGAUUUUUUUUGGGAUUUCAAAUGAUAUUGUAUAACAACAAUAUUUUUUUAUUCUUAUCACCAUCAGACAACACUUCAUCUGUAGCUGAGAUGGAAACAGGGUCGUCAGAUCCAGAGGAAGAAGAGCACAGACAUGGUGGACAGCAGGGUGACACACUGAACAUCCCUGCAUUCACCAGGGAUCGACUGGAUGCAAAAGAAGUGGGAAACGAGCUCACGCCACGAUCAACGUGGAGCGAGUUAUGGGUUUAACAUUAAAUGGGACCAUGCGCCUGGUGUCGUGGUCGGCAGGACCUUCACUCCGAGGGUUCGUAUGGGUCUAGCCCUUUCACUCCUUCUAUCUUGUGCCAAUACCGCGCCUUUUCCUUCGCGUUUAAUUUCUCUCGAUAUGGCCCGUUCCAUUCGUUGUGCUUUUUCGUGUUUGUGUUCAUUUGUGUGCGUCGAUAGUAGCUAAAAAAAAGAACAAGUAAAUAGCCGGACUACUUGGGACUACCGGCAUGUUGCCUUUACCCCCCAGAAUGCAUUGCGUGUUGGUCACGUGGUCUGGCGGGCUCUAACCGUUAAACCUGCAGAUUAACCUACAACAACAACAACAAAGCGUCACCACCUGUUUUUGGAUUGAAGCUCCCACACCUGACGACAAUAAUCAGCUAAUGAAAAGCCGAAGCUGCAGGUCAAGCUCUGUCAUCCAGCUGCAUGGACAUUCAGCCGCAAACUUGGCCAUAUCUGGAGCCCAUCCAGGAGGAAUCGGAGCAAGAGGAUGAAAGUAGUGGAAGUGACGCAGGGGAAGGAGGAGAUGAGGAUUAUCAAGUUCAAGUGGGAAUGGAGACUGAGGAUGAGGAUGAGGACGAGGACGAUGAUGAUGAUGCUCCACUGAGGGUUCUAAGGUCAACAAGACUGUCUGAAAGUGUUCUUCAAAUGCAGUCUACCAGACAAAUGGAGGAUUCACACGUGUCAGAUCUCAGCACAAGUGAAGAAGCCACGACAUCUGAGCGGCCGUCAGGAAGCGAGAGGCAGUCCAGGAGUCCGCAGCGGAGAAAAAAGAAACCUUUUUUCACGGAGGAGCUGUUUCCUCCGUGGCUGGUGGAACUGAUGGUCAACAUCGAAGAGGCCACAACACACCAGCUGGUGAUUGAGUAACAAUCACGCGCUGAUUGUGGGGAUGUUCAGUGAUGUCGCUCAUGUCAGACAUUGACCUUGUUAGUGAGCACAGAGCAGGAACAAACCUCCCACACACAAAAACACGCAAUAGCAGGAGUCGGCACUGCCACAGAGUAAAGACAGUAGAUCAAUGCGAGGGUCACAGUUGUUGUUUUUCAAAUCAAUAAUAGCGAAUAAACGAAAAGAAAGAAAAGUUUAUGUACCAUAGGGCAUAUUGUUCUUUUUCUAUGGUCACCUUAAGUUGGAGUAAUUUUAUGUAGUGUAAAGACCUGAGAACCCGUGUCUAUUUUCCUUUUGACAGAACAACUGGGGCCAGUUUGUCUUUGCUGGGUGAGACUUAUUUUCACAAAUUAAGUGGAGCAAAUGUUUCAAGAGGUGAACAUACAGUAUUAAACGGGCUUCACUCGUACUUCAUCUCUUAACACAUUAAAGCAAAGAGGAGUUCGCAAAAUUCACCUCUGUCACUUUUUGUCCAUGGACUCUUUUGCUCACUUCACAGUAACAUUUCAGCAAAAAUGAUUUCCAGUUGGUCUGACAAUUCAGGAUAAAAUAAUUCUAAUUAUACUUUAAGUGCACCAUGACCUGUUUGGUAUAUACAGCCAUGUGGACUGCCAUGUUUUCACAAUACACAGUAGUUAAUUUUGCUUUCUAUAACAUUCUAGUUAUAUAAAUAACACAGUAUUAUAAUAUAUAUUAUAACUUGGCACAAACAAAACAACAAUACAUUGCAAAAGUAUAGAAUUAAAGACCAUUUAAAGCAUCAGCAAUAGAGCCGGAGUUGGCUUGUUACAGUAAGAAGAAUAAGAAGCAUUAUUUCUUUUGAUUUUAGUCAGAUUUCAGUCUAUUAAACUAAUUUAGCAGGACAUUUCUGUUCAAAGAACAAAUCUCUUAAAAAGGGAACGCCUGUGGUCAUACAGAGUUCCGAAACAUGACGUUAGUCUUGUGCUCUUACUGUACUGUCGUGGUUGGCAUUUGCCAUAGAUAGCUAUGACCAAUACUACACCAAGGAAGCAGCCAUGCAGUUACUACUGACUGUCUUCAGAUAAACAUGUUGUGAUUCUAGCAGGGCGAUCCAUAAUGUUAGGCUUAUGCAAUGUUGAAAGCAAAUGACCUUGUUUAUCUGUCUCGCUGAUAAGAGGAACCUCCACCAAAGAGACCAAGUGGACAAACAAGAUUUUUCGUGUCAAAACAGUGUCAAAGCACAACUUUGGUCGGCGUCGCUGAACUGAAAUAAGCGUUUGACAACACAGUCACACUUUUUCCCUUCACCCGGCAUCAUCUGAUCCACCCAGAGCCUGCAGGAUGUUCUCUAUUAUCACUUUCUAUGUUGACACAUUUCUUGACAAACCAGUAUCCAUGCGGGGGUUUUCAUAACCUGAAGUACAGACA